AUGGAGGCCGACGCCACGCCCCCUUUUCCCCCGCGUCACCGCCACGGCCAGCAUCACCAGCAUCACCAGCGCUCGCACCAUCAUCGCCACCAGCACCACCAGCACCACCAGCACCACCAGCACCACCAGCACCACCAGCACCACCAUCACCCCCAGCACCCUCGCGAGGGCGCCCGCCGCCGACCCAGGCUGCAGCCCGCAUCCGCCGGCCCCGAGCUCAUAUCGAGCCUCAUCACCUCCCUGAGCGGCAUCUCUCACCUCGACGGCCCCGCCGCCGCCUCCCUCCCCGCCUCCCCAGACGUCGUCCGCUCGGCCACCUCCUCCUGCGGCAGCUUCGGCGUCGACUACGGCGCCUACAACCGGCCUGCCCUCGACCACCAUGAUCCGCUCGACCCCGUCUGCCUCGACGAGCUCGCAGCCAGCGCCCCCGUCGUCCGCACAACCAAGCAUCCCGCCGCCGCCUCGCUCCUGACGGCCGUCAAGAGAUCUCCCCGUCUGGGCUCGAGCCGCGACGGCGCCACCGCCGGCCUGCGCUCUUUCAUCAUCGCCAGCGGUGCCAGCGGACCUUCGUGCUCGGCCUCCCCCAUCUCCUCCGAGAAUGACGACGGUCGGGCCGUCGGUAACGUCUCCAUGGAACACCCCGACGACGACGACCGAGGAGCUUGUCGCCCCUUCGAGACCUGCGCGAGGAGGGUCAACGGCGCCGGAAGAGGCCUCGCCUGUGCCGCCUCUGGGGAGCGCCUCUCGGCCUCGAGCAGCAUGCGCAGCGUCAACGUCCCCGCCACGCCUGUCGGAGACGCCUGCCUCGCCGAGAGGUCCAUCGCGGAGGAGCCCAACGUGGGCAGCCCGAGCCCGAUUCCCGACCGUGACUCGAGCCUGAGGCAGAAGAGGACCUCGCACCGCAGACGGGACGGCACCCGACGGACGAAGCGGGAUGCCGAUGCGACCCUUCCCGUCGUCGACGAUCGGGCUGUCAGAACGCGCCACGCCUCCUCCGACCUCGAUCUCGACCUUGGCGUCCGCUCCUUUCUGCUCGGUCCCGACGAGUGUGCGACGCCGCCGCCGCCAAAGAGCCCCGGGGAGCGACGGUGUGAUCGUCGUGCCGUCGGGAGGGACGGAUGCGAUGACGACGGCGCUCCGUACCCGUCCGUCUCGAGCGGUCGCCGACGUGAGGACCCGAGCAGCAGCCGUCUGAGCCCGGUUCCGAAGGAGGCUCUCAAGAUGAAGCGGAGCAGCUCCCGCCUGAAGCGCCUCUCCGCUGGCGGCCUGACACCCCUGACGCCGUCCGGCCACGAACGACCUGCCUCGGCCGACUCGGUUGACGACGCCGUCGAGUCCUACCUCUGCUCGCCGAGCCUCUCCCAGAAGAUUCAACACCCCCAGACCGGCCGCGUCAUCUCCUUCUCCGAGGUCGGCGACCCCAACGGAUCCGCCGUCUUCUGCUGCGUCGGCAUGGGCCUCACGAGAUACGUCACCGCCUUCUACGACGAGCUCGCCGUGACGCUGCGCCUCCGGCUCAUCACCCCGGACCGGCCCGGCGUCGGCGACAGCGAGCCGUACUCGGACGGCACCGCCACCCCUCUCAGCUGGCCAGACGACGUCUACGCCAUCUGCCAGGCGCUCGGCAUCACCAAGUUUUCGCUCCUCGCCCACUCGGCCGGUGCCAUAUACGCGCUCGCGACGGCUCUGCGCAUGCCCCAGCACAUCCGCGGCCGGAUUCACCUCCUCGCCCCCUGGAUACCGCCGUCCCAGAUGAACGUUUUCGGAACGUCGGCGACGUCGCCGCCGACGAACGCCAUCCCGACCUCGCAGAAGAUCCUCCGCGCGCUGCCCACGCCCUUCCUCAAGGCCGCCAACUCGAGCUUCAUGACGGCGACAAGCAGCUCCAUCACGAGCUCGCUGCCCAAGAACCCCCGCCGCGGCAAGCGGAGGACCCUGCAGGCCAAGGACGCCCCCGCGCCGGGCCGCAACCUGACGCCCGUGCCCGACAAGGAAAAGGCCGGGACGGUGCCGAACGAGGACGGGACCGUCGCGUCGCCGAGCCCGACCGAGACCCUGGACCGCAUGUCGCCGCCCCGUCCCGUCACUGGCUCCUCGGCCGACUUCGCCACCCGCGCCGACGGCACCGUCGAUAGGGAGCGGCAAAAGACAUACGACACCCGCCUCACCCACGCCAUCUGGGAGCUCGCCACGACGGGAGCCAACCCGGCCGUCGACCUGCUCGUCUGCCUCGAGCGCCGGCACACCAUCGGCUUCCGCUACGUCGACAUCACCCGCCCCGUCGUCAUCCACCACGGCAGCCGCGACUCGCGCGUGCCGGUCGAUAACGUCAAGUGGCUGGCCAAGACGAUGCGGAGGUGCGAGGUGCGACUGCUCGAGGGUGAGGGCCACGGCCUCAUGGCGAGCGCCGCCGUCAUGGGAUCCGUCCUGACGGAGAUGAGCAAGGAGUGGGAGGACUGGAUGCGCGCCACGGGCGCCGACAAGAGGCAGGAAAAGGCGCGGACACGCCGAGGGACGCUCGUCGGAAGGUGA